AUGGAUGCUUUCAAGCUGUUAACAAGGUCCACCAAUCUCAAGCCUGGUGCGACCCCGUCUUCAGUACCGAAGCUCCCUUCCACGGGCAAGGCUCAAACUCCCCAGCUUUUUCAUAAUGCCGAUGCUGAGAAGCUCGUCGCAGAGAAAAACCAAGGGAAAAAAAGGAAGAGGGACCACGUAAGGGUUGAACCAGAAUCUGAUGAUGACGAUGCUGUGAAUCUUGACUUUUUUGGUUCCGCUAAAAGCUUUUCGGAGGAAAAGGCAGCGAAGAAGGAAAAUAAGUCAUCUAACCAGGACGAUGCGUCUGAGCCAGAGGAAGAAGAGCCUAUGGAUGAAGUCCAGCGUCGAACUAUCUUAAAUGCACACAAGAUUAAAGUGACAGAUCUGCGGGAUCUUGAAGAGAUUCAGCCGGUGCAUGUGCCAAACGAGGAGCCGAAGAAAAAGAAGAAGAAGAAGCAAAAGGAGGAGAUUUCUCAAUCUCUUACUAAAAAAGAACAAAAGAAGGCUCGUCGACUAUUUCCGCAGCCACUUGUGUCGUUUCAGGAGCUACGGACAAAGUACAGGAUUUCUCGGCGGCUUUCGGAGAAUAUCGCUGAACAAGGCUUCUCUGUUCCUACGGAGGUGCAGCUGGGGACUCUCCCUCUACUUUUAGGAGAGCCUAGUACUGUCCAGAAGUUGGAGACUGGUGAGGCUGUGGAACCAGAUCUCUUGGUCGUUGCGCCAACUGGUAGUGGUAAAACACUGUCAUUUUUGAUCCCAGUAAUCAACAAGAUUGUGCGUCAUCACCAUGAGCAGCAGACAGAACGGGGAAUCUUUGCUAUCGUUGUUGCACCUACCAAGGAGCUUGCUGGACAGAUUGUUAACGAGGGGAGGAAACUGGUUAUGGGAACUGGGGUAAAGAUAACGCUGAUGAAGAAGGGCAUGCGGGUGGUGGAUCACGAUGAUGGGCACGAAGAUGAUGUCCUGAACGAAGACAGUCCUGAAGAUUCAGACUCGGAGGACGAUGGAACUGCUACCGAAAAGAAGAGCAAGGGUAAGGCUGCCAUAACCAAGAGUGACAUUCUUGUCACCACUCCAUUACUUCUGGUCAACACACUUUCCGCAAAUGGGACCAAACAUAUGGCCUCCCUGCCUCUGGUCAGAAAUCUCAUUUUGGAUGAAGCGGAUGUUCUUUUGGAUCCCCUCUUCCGCGAGCAGACCCUCGAUAUCUGGCGUUCUUGCACACAUCCAGGACUUCGGGUGGGUCUUUGGUCGGCUACUAUGGGAUCAAAUAUUGAAGAUCUCGCAAAGUCAUUGAUUAAAGAGCGCAAAGAAGCAUCUAAUCAGAUGGAGUCGUACCCGUUGAUCCGUCUCGUCGUUGGCUUGAAGGAUUCCGCUAUUCCCAACAUAAAGCAUAAGUUAGUUUACGCUGCAACGGAGCAAGGAAAACUCCUGGGUCUCAGACAACUUCUUCGCCCCACAGCAGCAACAGACUCGGAUGUGCGCCUUCGCCCACCGUUCUUGAUAUUCACCCAAACGAUUCCAAGAGCUGUAGCGCUACAAUCUGAAUUACGCUACGAUAUCCCUCCGGAAGCAGGUGGCUCUUCCCGAAUAGCAGUCCUCCAUUCUGAAAUGUCUGAUACCCAGCGCUCUGAGAUCAUGAAAGGAUUCCGCAAAGGCGAAAUCUGGAUCCUAGUCACGACUGAUCUUUUAGCGCGCGGCGUUGAUUUCCGGGGCAUCAACGGCGUUGUUAAUUACGAUAUUCCGAAUUCCGCUGCGGUCUAUGUUCACCGAGUUGGAAGAACUGGCAGAGCUGGACGUGAAGGUGGUGUUGCAGUCACAUACUACACCAAAGAAGAUAUCCCAUACGUUAAAAGCAUUGCCAACAUCAUCGAUGUUAGUGAAAAACUACGAGGAGAAGAGGGUGAGAAGUCAGUACAGAAAUGGCUGUUGGAUUCACUACCGGAUCUCAGCAAGAAGAACAAGAAAGAACUGAAGAAACAUGGUGUUAAGGCCAGACAGACGAACCCCAAGGUUUCUGAUGGGAAGAAUCAACUGGCAAGAAUUAGCACAAAGAGCGGUUUUGAGCGGCGAAUGGAGAACAAAAAGAAAGGCGCUAUAGCAGCCAGCCGCAACAGGAAAGCCAUAACCCAGCCAGCCGUAGAGUCUGACAAUGACGGCGGCAGCUGGGAUGGUCUAGACGAUUAA